AUGGCCUCUGUUUCUGCAGAGACUGGCUCCAAAACACGGACGAGAAAAGCGAUGCAGAUUGACCAGCAUAUGCCAGACGCCGCUGCUGGGCCUCUACCGGCGACGGGCAGAGCGGCUGCGGCAUCAGAUCGACAGCGAAAGCAGCCCAAAGGACCCAAAAAGACGACUGCGACGUCCCAAAAUGCGCGAGAAUUGUCUGCGACGACUUCAAUUGCUCUGAGCGACGAGCCAGCGAGCUUUCGUCUGUCGCGGGUGCAGAAGAUUGUCAAGAUGGACAACGACUCUGCCACGAUUUCCACAGAGGCCGUCUAUCUGCUCGCUCUCGCCGCUGUACGCGUUUCUGCACCUUUUUCCUCGAUCACCAGUGACAAUAUGAGAAUAGGAAGAGAUAACACGUCGAAUUACACGCGCUACGUUGGAUGCAGACCAGACGUCGGAUCCAAGGGAGAUUACUGUCCCAGAUAUUGCACCCUCCCUCUCAUUUCUCAGCGACCUUAUCCGCCAACCGUUCCACUGUCACGAGCCCUGGAGGAACGAGAACACAAGGAUACUAUACGACACCAAAACCCGAGGCAGUUGUCCAUCCAGCGUAUCCACGAGCAUUUCCGGCAGCUCCACACUGCUCAGCCUCACAAACCACUCCACACCGGUUCCACGACCACCAACUCUGCUCCUAGGAUGCUGCUUCCACGAGAGGGUCGUUCUGCGCCAAAUGCGAAAAAGGCAAACGGCGAGCCUCGCCCUAUUGCAGGUGGAUCCGCCGGCCCAACAGCGGCGGUUCCGAAAGCAUUUGAUUACAAGAAUCUACCUAUGCCGCCACCACCAGGUAUGUUCUUCCAGGUGCCACCUGGAGUUGAUCGGAAUAACCUAAGAUGGGCACCUUUACCGACGACCCAAGACAUGAAAACCAAACCUCUAUCUACGUCGGCAAAUAUGUCUGCGCCUACGGUCGGCCCUAGUAUACACUCACAACCGCUUACACCCGCCACACUUCCUCCACCCGCUCGCGCUCCCCUCUCAGCGGGACAGAUUGGUGACGAUGGAAGUCCGGAAACAUCUACGACCAGCCCAAUAGAGAAACAUGAUUCACCGUUUGAUGCUGGAAACCUUCAGGGACGGACUAUUUACAGUGCGAGUGACGGGGCUAGUGGAGAAAUUUCCCAAGAAGCAAAGAAGUUGCGGCGUGGAAGAACGCGCGCAAGUGGAGCAGGAUUGAACCCCGAUUCAUGA